GCUAGUUUGGCUAUUGUUGGGGGAAUUGGUACAUAUGCUCCCAGCCUUUUAGAAGGGCAGUUGAACUAUCUUGUUGCUUGGUGCAAAAGAACAGGUUCCAUGGAUGCUUUCAGUGCCAUAACUAAGCCAUAUGAGGAGAGUGAUGGAUUCACAAAGCAGGAAUUCAAAGAUAUCAUGGAAGCAAUAGAAGGAAAUGCAGGAGGAGAUUUUCGAAUGGAGUGUAUGCUGCUUAAAGCCCAUGGCUGUGAAACAAGGGGAGCUCUUCACCCAACACCAUGUUGACUUUUUGAUCAGCAUUGUGGGAAAGCAGUAUGCCCAGUACUACAUAAUGCUGGUUUUGGGCGAACUUAUACCAAAACAACCAAAACUGUUUGGUGAUAGCCUGAUCAAGCAUGUUCUACAAAAUCCAGAAAUAGAUCCCUCAUACUCCGCAGGUAUUCAGAUGGUAGCUGUCAACCUCGGACUGACAAACAAGUCACUAGUGGAUAGGAUUCUGAAAGAGCUCAUCAUUCUGGCAAAGAAGUGUCCAGAUCACAAUUAUCUGUACCCCCUGUUGGAUUCUAUACAAACUUUGGCCGCUAAGUAUGGUGUGGAAACUCUCAAACCUCAUCGAAAAUAUUUCGAGGAUUUGCAGCAGGAUGGAAAAACAACGUUUUUGAAAGACAUAGCCACUUCCAUUGUUAAUGCAAUGGAUGGAAUCAGUAUGAAAGGUAUCGUCACAGAUGUCAUACAAACAAAAGAGAAGGUCAAAGAACUUGACAAGAAGGUCACAAAAGUUGAAGGUGAUGUCAAAGGAUUAAAGACUACUGUUGACAGGCAUGACAAGGAAAUUAAAACAGUGAAAACCGGAAUUAAAACCGUCAAAAAACGUGUUGAUGUUGUCGAAAAAGAUCUAACUGAUACAAAGGGCAAGGUCGAAGAGAUUGACAAAAAGACAAUGUCCAACGCCCCAGCAUGGUCACGUGAUCUUACAAAGUUAAUGAAUCCAAAAUCUGAUCAUGACUGGAGGCUAUUGGCUCAGCGACUGGGAUACUCACCAAAGGACAUAAAGGCAUGGGCUACCCAGAAUGACCCCUGCAUGGCGCUCCUCAGUGAGUGGUACGCUACCAACAAGACAUCUGAGGCUACCCAUGCAGUACUUACCACUCUGCAGGAAAUGAACAGACAAGAUGCUGCAAUCAUUGUAGAGAAUGCAAUGAAGGAUGUAGAUGAUGUUGUGAAGGAAGCACCCGAGUACACCAAACCCCCUCCAAUCUUCCUGAGCUACCAAUGGGGUCACCAGAACGAGGUCAAGUUACUAAGGCAACACCUUCUCAUGGCCGGCUAUGAAUGCUGGAUGGAUGUCGGUCAGAUGGGAGGCGGAGACAAACUAUUUGAGAAAAUUGACAAUGGAAUCAGAGGAUCAAAAGUCGUCAUAUGCUGUGUGUCGGAGAAGUAUGCCAAGUCUCCCAACUGUAACAGAGAGGUGAACCUUGCCGUAAACCUUGGGAAGCCAAUGAUUCCCCUCCUGAUGGAGAAAAUGGGUUGGCCCCCUCAGGGCUCCAUGGGACCCAUCUUCAGUGAGUAUCUAUUUGUGAGGUUCUUCCAACGAGGAGGGGAAGAGACCAACGACCAACGUUACUGGCCAGUUCCGAAGUUUCAGGAACUUUUGAUGCAGUUCAACAUCUACAAAACUCUGCCUGAUGAAUCAAUUGUUACCAAAGAGUACAAAAAGUGGUGGGUCCCUGUGGCUGAAGAAAUUAUUAUCACCAAGAAACCUAUCAGUAGUGGAGGUCAGAAUACUGCAACCACGGCUGGAGGAAAGGAAGAGGAAAGUAAGUCUCCAGAUGUGUUCCUGUCCUACCAGUGGGGUAAACAGAAGCAGAUAAAACAGUUGUACAAGAGGCUGUGUGAGCUUGGUUUGACCUGCUGGAUGGACAUCUACCAGAUGGGAGGUGGAGACUCCUUGUUUGACAAGAUUGACCGAGGUGUGCGGGGCUGUAAGAUUGUUCUAAGUUGUGUGACCACUAAGUACGCAGUCUCGGCCAAUUGUCGACGAGAGGUAAGCCUAGCUGAUUCCUUAAAGAAGCCUGUAGUUCCUCUUCUAUUGGAAGAGAUGCAAUGGCCACCUAGUGGGCCAAUGAGCAUGGUCUUCACACAACUCCUUUUCAUCAAUUUCUACCGUGACGAGGCAGUCCAGAUGACAUGGAAAGGGGAUAAAUUUGAUGAGCUUCUAGCCAAAGUCACAGAACACGUGCCUGGUUUUAUAGGAUGCAUUGAUGAUACAAAGACAAAAGAGAUAGAAGAAAUACCUAAAAAGAAAACGGAACCGGAAACACAAGCAAGAUCGCCAAAUACUGCAAACAAUGCAGAUACUUCAGGUAAAGAGCAUGUCCCACCACCCUUACAGUCUUCACAUACUCCACCAACAGCACAGCCCACAUCGCAACCACCACCUCCUCCAUACACACACCAGCACCAGUUUGCGCAGCCACAACCUGGACAACAAUACAUGCCAGCUCAACAGCUUGCAGCAGUCCAACCACAUGCACAAACGCGUGGACAACCAUAUGUUCAGCAGCAGCAGCAGCAGCAGCAACAACAACAACAACAACAACAACAAACACAGCCACAAACACAGCAAACAUCCAAUCAGGUUUCUCCAACUCAAGCUGGUCGAGCAAAUGAAAAGUCUUCCUCGUGUGUUCUUCUUUAAUAUCUGUUGAUCAACAUGGAAGACUAUUGACUAGAUUUACUGGCGUAGCUCUGCUUUUACUGAAUCUGCUCGGCAAAAUUCUCUUAGCCUAUUCUAUAGUGAUUAAAGCCGGUUUGUUCCAUAGCAAAGGUAUAAAAAUGACUUUUGUUACACAAGCGCCAAAAUUACGAUCCGGAAAACAUUGACAAAAUAAUUGCUUUCUUCGAGGGAAUAUGCCACCAGGUAAGAUACUAGCUUCUGACUUCAAUUGACUUGAGGUGUGUCUGCUGGGAUGCAAACUGCUUUCUAUCGAAUCUGCUUGAGAAAAUGUUUUUAGCUGAUUCGGUUGUGAUCUAGGGUUCCCGGGUUUUAUCCAUAGAGAAGGCAAUGUCAAUUACCUCUGUUUUAUUAACGCCAUAAUUAGGAUUCGUAAAAUAUUCACAAAAUAUUUGAUAAGGUACGAUUUAUUUUUUGGAAUGGAAAUGUCAAGCUAGCAAAAUUCUAGCUCCUUCCUAUUGACUCGCCUUGGAAGAAUUUCACUAACUGAUGUGCUAGUCGUAUAAGCAUGGGUUCCAUAGAAUGCAGACUAGAUGCAAUCUAGCUGUGUGAGAUUUGCAGCUGUUUUAUCCGAUGUGUCACUGUAUAGAAGUCAAUAUAUUGCCAAUUUGCUGUUCAUUUCCACUUUAAUUAUAUCGACAUCAAAACAAGAACGUGAUGAGACUGUCAUGGCUACAAAAAAAUCAAAACGGACUAGCUAUGUAAAUACAUGUAGUUUGUUGAUGAACUGUAAAAUAGUUAUUUUUGAGGAUCGAUGUGGAAUAUGUUCAUACAUAUCGAACAAAUAUAUAUGCCAAGUGCUUAAUACACAAUGCAAGUGUAGACACUUUUAAACUUUCAAUGAAUGUAUAUACUCCUUAAAAAAGAAAGUGUACAUGCAAUUUCGUUUACAUUGUAUUUCUUUUUGAAUAUUUAUCCGUAUAAUCACUAUAUUGACAUUCCUUUUUGACUUAAAGGUGUACUAAUACGUACGAAUGCCAUGUUAUUGUGAAAUGCUAUAGCAUAAGAUGCCAUCCUUUUUACAAUUAAGACAAACCUGAAUGCCAGCUAUUGUCAACAUUUUGCUCUUGUUUUCAAAGUAAAUUGGUGAUACAAUGUAUAUGGUAUUGAUUUCAACUGUGGAUAUAUAAGUUUAAAAUGAAAUAAAUAUGUGCCUGUCAAGACAGAGAGCGUUUGAUAUAUAUCCCCAUGUUUUCUUGAAGUCCAUUUUUAUUUGAAUUAUUCCAUUUAUUUAUUUCAUGGUUUUCAACUGUUUUCCUUUAGUCUUAACUUAAUGAUGCUUGUUACAGCAAUGUUCUAGAUUUGUAGUCCUACCAGUCACAUAGAUUUACCAUAUCGUAAUAACUGUUGAUUGCAUUUUUGGUGGCAUAAUACUAGUACAUUAUUUGGCUAUUAAUGCCGUUGAUGAAUGUAGAUUCAUUAAUACAUUUUGUGAUAAAUUAUUUCUGACAUCCUGCUUGACAAAUGGAAGCGAGACUAAGGUCUUUUCCGUCGGCAUUGGUGUCAGCGCCCACAGCAGCGUGUUAGUAGUGUUUUGUUUAGUAAUAUCUUAACCGUGAUAUUGAUUACAUAUUCCUGGAUCUGAUAUUUUGCUGCUGUGAAAAAAAAACCAAAAAAAUGGUUUUGUCAGAGACCGAUAUUCUGAUUAAAUUUUAAGUAAGAUUUUUAGAAUGUUGUGAUGGUUUGCCGAUUUGUAUUAAUUUUGUUUUUUUUAGAUAUUUAUCUGUUUACAAUUUCCGAUUAUUUUUGUUUUUAUAUUUUUUUUACACGUUUUCAUCAUAGUUUAAAAAAAUAUAUUCAUUGUAAAAACUUGAAAGUGGUAUCCGUCCUGUUAUUUUAUUAUUUUACACGUUUUCAUCGUAGUAUUUAAAAAAAAAAAAGAUAUUCAUUGUAAAAAAGUGGUAUCCGUCCUUAAUCAAACGGUUUUUAAACUGAUAACAAUAAUGUCUCUAAAGUUUCUCAGUUCUUUAGUUUUUAGUAUAUAUUUUUGCAUUUAUUAUUGUUGUUCACUUGACCUGCUGUAUGCCAAAUUCAUGGAAAGAGUUACUCAAAAGUUGUUAUUAUUCUGUCAUACAAAUAAGAUAUAAUAAAAUAUUAAAUGAUGCAUUAUUGAAAUUGAGAAUUGACAAUGCGUCGUGUGAUAGAUACAUUGGCUGACGACUUGACUUGUUAGUUUAGAUCAGUAGCAUGUCCUUCCUUAGUUUCUAUGUUAAUACGUAUUGCAGAAAGACAGCAAGUACAUUUAUUUGUGAAUAGCAAAAAUUUUUGUUGUUAGACAUUUGUUUGUAUUGUUUGGACAUGUUUGUGUCUUACACGAGCAAUCGGAAAACCAGUUGGAUCUUUCCGGCAUAUCUUUGGAAUAACAUCUCCUGAACAUAUGACGGAAAGAACGAGUAGUUUUCCUGUGGAUACACCAGUGUAAAUUUGCCAUUUUAAAGAGGAUAACAUUACUUUCUGAUGUCCUAUAGUUUGACAAAGUGAAGCCAGACUUAUUGUACGGGUAUCAAUAUUAUAUACCGAUAUGUGUAUUUUGAAACAAUCCAGCAAAAACAAUCACUUAUUUAAUUAUUUAACUUGCUGUCCGUCAUUACUUUCUGUUGGCCAACUGCAUUCCAUAUUUCGAACUCGUGUGUAUGUGCAGAAUUGUUUUAUUAUUCGUUUUUCUUGUAUUUUAUCUUGAUUAUUUUAUGAUCCAGUUUGUACAGUAAUUUGUGAUUCUUAAUAGUGUUUUCAUCAUUAAGUUUUGAAGAGUGCAAUUUAUUUUGAACAAAUCUCGUGAUAUAUAUACAUAAGAACUAUCUACACUGUGCCGUAUUUAUAACUGUCCAUGACUGUUGACAUAUAACGUUGAUGUGUAAGAUAAUGCUGUUUAACAGUUAUGUGCAUGUAUUACGCAACUACUAGCUUAGAAGUGCCAUAUGAUAUUGUAGAAAAUAAUACAACGGUGGUUAAUCACACGUAGUGCCAUAUGUUUUUUAUAUCUACGUAUUUCACACAGACGUAGACAUCGUUGAUAUUACACAUUUUACAUGUAUAGUAGUGCCAUACCAUGUUUUAAAUAUAUAUAAUAAAAAUGUUAAGCAUAUGUGAUCCUUAUGGACGAAGUAAUGCAUAAAGAAAAAGAAAAUCUCGACAACACGUCUUUAGUACUUUUUGUACUCUUUCUAUUACUGCUUGACUAAUAAUCUAUUUUAACAAUAUGCAGCUAGCGAAUGUCUGUUUGUUCGGAUCCAGUACAAAUUACAAACGAGCACAUACAGACAUAGAAUAUCAAACAUUUUUAGUGUAGUAGGACAAUAUCGUUAUGUUUUUUUUUAUCCCUGAUGUACAGACGGUAUAAAUAAAAAGGCUGAUAAAUGGUUUUAAAACAGCGCAAGUUAACACAGCGCAUGCUAUGUAGCAAAUGUUUUCGUUUAUCUCCGCGAUUGACUCAUUUCGUUCCACAAAACUCGGUAAAAACUGCGGGUUAGCAAUAACAAUAUCGGGAAGCAAUCAGUGUGAUGAAAAUCACAUAUAAACAUAAAAUUGUAUCAUGUAAUGCGAGUUGAAUAAAUAUGUAUUUUUAAACAAAGUAUGCAUUGUUUCCGGUGAUAGCUAGACAUGCAUAUCUUAUACACAAUUAAUGCAUUAGCACAUACUCUAAAAGUAAUUGUAUUGACUGGCACGUUACAUCAUAUCAUUAGACAUUUCCUUCCCUCACAGGACUUUCCAUUAUAUAAAUGGAAUGAAUCGGAUAUGGUAUUUCGUUCCUUUUUUUUCAUCAUUCAGAUACAUGUAUUAUCUGUUUAGCUCAAAAACAUGUUUAUAGGAUUAUUUUGAAUAUUUGUCCGAUAUUUUGGAUCUUGUAAAUAUAAUUGGUUACACAGUAUAAGGUUAUUAUAUUAGAGAUACACCAUUAAAACAAAUCUAUAGCUUUUAUCCUUUUUAAGCGUGUUGGCAUUUACACUAUUAUUUUCAUAUUUUACAGAUAAAAUGGAUUUCCUAGAAAUCUUAAUUCUGAUAUAUUGUUGUUAUUGUUUAUUAUUGUUAAGCAGAAAUUUAAUUCAAUACAUAAUUAUCAGUUAUGAUUUCGUAAGUAUUACAAAUAUACAACUAUGAUUUAUGUGGAAUAUCGUUAAUUAUAAUGGAAUUAACGUAUCUUUAUUUUUGUAGUUACUCCUAUUGCUAAAUAGUCAUUAUUGGUCGAUAAUCCGUGUGGAUAAGAACAUUACCGAAUUACCUACCUGUGGGGUAGAUCUCUGUAAAACAAGGCAACGUCUGGAAAAAAAGUAUAUAAUAAACAUCAAAAGAUAAAAAUUUUAGUAAAACUAUGAAGCUGUUGAUAAAACCCAGUGUAUUCACAUUGUAAGGGUUUCGGAUACAUGUCAUUUUUUUUUAUCUUGUUUUUGUUCGUGAAUGAUCCUCUCAUAAUGAAAAUCAAAACAGGUAUGAAUUCAAGUAUCACUUCACGAAUGUGGGCUUUUUUGGAUUUUUUUGGAUCGAUAAAUAUAUACAUGCGUAUACAUUCCUUAUAUAAUUUAAAAUCAAACUGUUUACACUUAUAUGCCUUAUAAAUUCUAAAUAAAAUUAGACUUGUCAUUUCCGCUUCUCUACGAUACACUACCAUGCGUGUAUUGCAUCGUGUCUUAGAUUAUCGUAGAGGAGCGGAAAUGACAAGUCUAUGUUUAAUUAGAUUGAUGUCUUACAUGAUUGUUUUCAAUAAAAACUACUUUGAUAUUAAAAUGUGUUUAGGUUAAUCUUUUAGAUUAAUCGUUAAUUUUUUUCAGCACAAUUUGUAAUUUUUUGUGUUUUCGCCUACAAUAUCCAAUAUGCCAGAACACUCCUUUAAACUUAUUUGCAAAGCAAAAUUUGAACAAAGGAUUACAUAUUAUUAUAACUUUGUUUAAACGAAAACAAACUUAAACUGUUUAUGUGUGCAAAUGAUAAUGUAACACAAUCAAGGUUGAAAUACAUCCCGACAUACACAACACAACACAAAAUAUAAAUGUUAGCUUAUUCAUUCAAAAACUACCGUAUAUGGUGUAGUGCGGUGAAGUUAUCAAUGUUUUACGUUAAGCUAGGAUACAGUUACAAUAUGUAUACUUAUCUGUGUAUAUUUAUGACAUUGCCUGUCAUGUACUUAAACUAUAUACAGGUAAUACAUGUUUGUAGCGGUCGAGCAGCUAAUUGCUAUAUAUAUACGUGUAGGGAGCAUAUAGAGGACUACAUGUUUAUAUGACCUCUUUACACACAUCUUGUGUCUUAGCGACCAAUACCAUCGUUGAAAAAACCUCAGAAAUCUUGGAUUGUAAAGACCGAGCCG